CCGGGGUAGUGGGUUAUUUCCAGUUCAACACUUCUCCUCAGCCUCCCGGCUACAUCACAUAUCUCUCCUCAGCUCUGCAGGCCUUGAAGAGAGACUUCCGUGGUGCGGUGCGUUUCGGGGUGGUGACCAGUAGACAGGUGGCAGAGUCCAUCUCAGUCAGAGAUGACCAGACCGUCUACCUGCACCGACACUUCAACUCCUCAUUGAUUUUCCCUAGUUGGGAGCGUAACUUCACCUCUGAAGGCAUCUGUUCCUGGGUCUUUGAGCACCGCGAGACCGUCCUCCAAUGGCUGGCGCCGACUGGUGCUAAGUCCCGCCUUCUGGAGCAGGAACUGACCAAAGGCCCUGCCCUCCUGCUCUUCCUGCCCCACAAUCCCCUGGGGCACGGCCCCGACCCGCUGCUGACGCAGAUUGCAGACGUCGCGGUUCGCUACCAUUCCUGUAGCGACUCCCCUCACCACCACCACCACCCCUCUGACCACUACUACUACAGUGGACCCUCCCAGCCCCUGUCCCCCUCUCUGCUGCCUCUCAGUGGUUCUGCCCAGGCCACACCCCCUCCCAGGCUCCACCUCCAGGGUGUGGACUCCUCCCCGUCCUCCCAGGACCAGGAAGCAGGCGGGAUUAAAGGGUUGAGGUGUCGGACAAAUAAGACGCUCAGGUUCUACAUCCUGGACUCCGCCCUCCACUGGCCGCUGGCGGUGCGCCUUGGGGCGCUAGGCAACGACGAGAUGGGUGGCGGUGGCCUGGGGAAGUUGUUCAUCAGGAACUUUAGCACCUCCCACAGCCCACUGCAGAGACGCCUGGUGGGGAGGAGAGGAGGAGGAGGAGAGGCCCCAGAAGAGACCCUUAUCUCAGAGCUGACCACCACCUCUUUCCUUACCACUGUCAUGGAUCCUCACAGGGAUGUGGUGCUGUUCUACUACAGUCAGUGGUGUGGCUACUGCUCUGUUCUAAACCACGUCAUCAUCCAGCUGGCUAGAAUGUUCCGUGGAAACAGCACUGUCACCAUCGCCAGGGUGAACGUGGCGCGUAACGACCUGCCGUGGGAGUUCAUGGUGGAUCACUUCCCCUCAGUCCUCCUCUUCCCCAGACACAGGAAACACCUGUCCGCCAAGUUCCCGGAGGACACGCUCAUCACUCUCCCCACCCUAUUACGCUUCAUCCUGAAGCACUCCGACUCCGCCCACCAGCCAAUGAAAGCAGACGGAUCCGACCCUCACCCUCACGUUCUCCUCAAGGCGGAGUUCCGCGCUCUACAAGGAGAAGUCCAGACAUUACAUCGUGCACGCCAGCGCCUCUCCAACCAACUGGCCCAGCUAUGGCGAGACAACCGGCGGUUAUCCUUUCACGCCGUGGCCCUGGAGACCCACAAUGCACUGCUGCAGUCCCAGAAUGGCGAGCUGCAGCGCGAGAGGCUGAGCCUAGUGGAGCAGCACAAGGAGAAGAGUCGUCAGUUAGGGGAGGCGGUCAGGAGACUACAGGAACUAGCGGACGCAUCAGAGAACCUUCUCACUGAGAAUACGCUGCUGAGG